ACUGAAAUAAACUAAUGGGAAAUCAAUCAUCUUGUUUUCCCACCUUUCUGUUUUCAUUUCAAGCAACUGUAUGUUGAAGUUGAACUGAAUCCAAGUUCAUUCUCAUUCAGAUCAGUUUCGAAGAGGAAAAGGGUUCAUCUAACCACCACUGGUUUUCCCCUUUUAUCCACCAAUCAAUCUUUCAUCGCGGUCUAAAUAGAAAGAAGAAGGGAAAUGAGUGGAGCUGUGUUGGUGGCUGUUGUUGCUGCUGUUGGUAACUUACUUCAAGGAUGGGAUAACGCUACUAUUGCUGGGGCUGUUUUAUACAUAAAGAAAGAGUUCAACUUGCAAAAUGAACCAACUAUUGAGGGUCUGAUUGUGGCUAUGUCACUCAUUGGUGCCACUUUGGUCACAACUUGCUCUGGUGCUGUAGCGGAUUGGCUUGGCCGACGACCCAUGCUCAUUAUCUCUUCUGUCCUAUAUUUCUUUGGUGGUCUUGUUAUGCUGUGGUCACCCAACGUUUAUGUGCUUCUAUUGGCUAGAUUAUUAGAUGGUUUUGGAAUCGGGUUGGCGGUCACUCUUGUUCCUGUUUAUAUAUCUGAAACCGCGCCUCCUGAGAUUAGAGGUACACUCAAUACUUUACCUCAGUUCAUGGGGUCUGGUGGGAUGUUUCUUUCAUACUGUAUGGUUUUUGGGAUGUCUUUAAUGGAGGCACCCAGUUGGAGGUUGAUGCUUGGUGUUCUUUCUAUUCCUGCACUCGGGUUUUUCAUAUUUACGGUCUUUUUCUUGCCCGAGUCUCCAAGGUGGUUGGUCAGCAAAGGAAGAAUGCUCGAGGCCAAGCAGGUUUUGCAGAGAUUACGUGGCAGAGAAGACGUUGCAGGGGAGAUGGCUUUACUGGUUGAAGGUCUGGGAAUUGGAGGAGAGACAUCUAUAGAAGAGUACAUAAUCGGCCCUGCAAACGACCUUGAGCAGGAUGAUGCUAUCGAAGAACCUGAUAAAAUUAAGUUAUAUGGUCACGAAGAAGGGGUCUCUUGGAUUGCCCGACCGGUCACUGGUCAGAGUAUGAUUGGGAUUGCAUCUCGUCAAGGAAGCACCAUCAAUCCGAGUGUCCCCCUUAUGGACCCGCUCGUCACCCUCUUUGGAAGCGUUCACGAGAAACUUCCAGAUACCAUCGGGAGCAAAGGAAGCAUGCUUUUCCCACAUUUUGGGAGCAUGUUCAGUGUUACUGGAAAUCAAGCCAAACAUGAUGAUUGGGAUGAAGAAAGUGAUGGUGGUAGAGAAGGUGAAGAUUAUCAUUCUGAUGCUGCUGGGAAUGAUUCCGAUGACAAUUUGCAUUCUCCAUUGAUUUCUCGACAGACCACAAGUUUGGAGAAAGACAUGAUUCAGCCGGCUUCCCAUGGCAGCAUUUUGAGCGUUAGAAACAACAGCAUUACACAGGGGAAUGCAGAACAGGUGAGUAGCACGGGCAUUGGCGGUGGUUGGCAGCUGGCGUGGCAGUGGACGGAAAGAGAUGGUCAAGAUGGAAAGAAGGAAGGAGGGUUUAAAAGAAUCUAUUUGCACCAAGAGGCGGGCACUGGAUCUCAGCGUGGAUCGCUAAUUUCACUUGCAGGUGUUGAUAUGCCAGCAGAUGGUGAGUCCUUUCAGGCUGCAGCUCUAGUGAGUCAGCCUGCGCUUUAUUCUAAGGACCUUAAAGAUCAGCAUCCAAUUGGACCAGCCAUGGUGCACCCGGCUGAAGCAGCAACGAGAGGCGCAAGCUGGUCUGAUCUUUUCGAACCAGGAGUCAAGCAUGCAUUGUUUGUUGGGGUUGGUCUUCAGAUCCUUCAACAGUUCUCUGGCAUCAAUGGAGUCCUUUACUACACACCUCAGAUCCUUGAGGAGGCAGGUGUUGGUGUUCUCUUAUCAAAUUUGGGCAUCAGUUCAACCUCCUCAUCUCUUCUCAUUAGUACCCUCACAACUUUGUUGAUGCUCCCUUGUAUUGCCAUGGCCAUGAGACUCAUGGAUAUCUCCGGAAGAAGGACGCUUCUACUCACCACGAUUCCCGUAUUGAUCUUGACCCUCAUAGUUUUGGUCGUAGGAGGUCUAAUAAACUUUGGCAACGUUGCAAAUGCGGCUAUCUCAACUGCUAGCGUCGUCAUCUACUUUUGUACUUUCGUCAUGGGAUUUGGUCCGAUUCCCAACAUACUGUGUGCCGAGAUCUUCCCUACCCGAGUUCGUGGGAUCUGCAUUGCUAUCUGUGCCCUCACAUUCUGGAUCUGUGAUAUCAUCGUCACCUAUUCUCUGCCCAUGUUACUCACUUCCAUUGGUCUGUCGGGAGUUUUUGGGUUGUAUGCCAUCGUAUGCGUCAUUUCAUGGGUGUUUGUUUUCUUGAAGGUUCCAGAAACGAAAGGUAUGCCCUUGGAAGUGAUCACGGAAUUCUUCUCAGUUGGCGCAAAACAGGUUGCUGCAGCAAAGAACAAUUGAGUCAAAGGUCUUCGAGCGUGUGUUUCGUAUAUUAUUUUCUUACGCUUUCGGUUUGGUUUAAAUUUUGAUGUGUUAUAGAACAUGAAAUUUUGAAAUCCCUAUAGAUUAGCUUAAUGCUUUCUUUUCUUAACUUGACUUUCUAUGUGGCU